AUGCAGCUACUUACUCUCUUAACCCUCCUCUUCGCAAGCGUAGCUCUCUCUCGAGUCACGAAUCCUAGAAAGGUUCCCCGCGAUGCUGUCCUCCUCUCCAAAGUCUCGGCGAUCACAGUUCGCGCAGGGAAGCAGACAACUUCGAGACGAGUUGCGCCAGUUCCCCAACUGCAGUGCGUAGGCCCCUCCUGGAUAUGCAAGCUAUACGCCGUCGAUGUCCUGCGCUGCACGAAUGAAGGGGUCGACUAUGACGAGAACAAUGUCCAGUGGAGCUGCAAAGCUUCUCUGCCGGAAGAAUUCAAGCUCGGAAGUACAGAAGUGACUUGCGAGGGCUAUGAGAGCAGUGAAGACCCAUACGUUCUGAAAGGUAGCUGUGGGGUUCAGUACAGGCUGCUCCUAACGGAUAAGGGGGAGGAGAAAUAUGCUACUCGAUCUCACUUCAAUUUUGGAGAUUAUAGUAAAGGGAAUGCGGCGGAGAAGUAUGCGGGUUAUCUGUUUAUGGCGCUGUUUCUCCUCGUUCUUUUCAUCAUCCUCCGCAGCUUGUACAACGCAUGGCGCAAUGAUACAGCGACAAGACGAGGACCGAGACGAAGAGGCAACGGAUUCUUUGGCGGCGGCGGCGCUGGUGGUGGUGACGAUGACGACCCUCCGCCUCCCUACGAUCCACGGCCCCCACAGCCGAAGAAAGCAACCUGGGGGUCCGGUUCGAGGCCCAACUAUCCAGGUCGGAUGGGAGCAUAUGAACAAGGCUGGCGCCCCGGUUUCUGGACAGGCACCGCCGCAGGGGCUGCCGCAGGUUACCUCGCUGGGAGAGGGGGUCGCACACGCACGGAGCCUACGCCGCCAACGAUGCCGCCAACAAGCAGAGGGUGGUUUGGGCAAGGCGGGACCACGGCCGGUCCCUCGUCUCCAAGCACUCGUAGUUCAAGUUCAAGUUACUCCAGCUCGAGACACGAAAGUACUGGGUUUGGCGGAACCAGCAGGCGCUAG